CCUUCUUAUUCACUAACAAGUUCAUUGAGGAGCUGACAAACCUCCAGAGUCUCAGCGGGGCAGGCUCUCACUCACUUCUAUGGACGGCCGACCUCUGUCUGAAGUCAGCUGAUUCUUCUCCUCAGCCGCUACUUGGGCCUCAGUGGAGCUGACUCCUGCUGGUGGCUCAUCCAAGCUGUGCCAGGCUCCAACCACCAGGCUUUGGGUUUUCCUGGUGAUGACCUCACUGCUCUUCCCUGUCAACGCCCACGCUGCGAUGAAGGACCUAUCCUCUUCUUCCUCUCCUCUUAGCUCCCUGCUUCACUAUCCGAACUCCAAAACAGCCAUCGUGCCCUUUUCUCCAUCUGCUGGUGCCGGCUCUUCACCUGGGUCAGCGCUGACGUCCUCGCAGCAUUCCAAACCGCAGCCCUUCUGCCUUCAAACUGGGCCACAUCUCAUCGCCAGCAUGCAGCUGCAGAAGCUCAACUCGCACUACCAAAACCUUGCCGGUGCUUCUGCUGGACAUCUGACGCCUGGUGCUGCUCAAAGGGGAUUUGGUGCCUCUCCACUCGGGCCUGGAAACCAGAUCCUGGGGCCUUCUGGAGGUCUUGGAGGGGGAGGGGUGGGCGUUGGCAUCGGCAUGGGAAACCAAGGCCCCGGUUCAAGUGGAUUAAUCGACUUUGAGCCUGUGGAUGAAGAAGUGCUCAUGUCUCUGGUGGUGGAGUUGGGUUUGGACCGAGCUAAUGAGCUGCCUGAACUCUGGCUGGGACAGAAUGAAUUUGACUUCAUGUCAGAUGUUCCGGCUGGUUGUUGACCUGAAAGAAGAAUUGUGCCAUGGGUUAGUGGGGCCUAAAGAAAGGAGACUCCCUCUGUCUACUUUUCUGAGUAGAUUGUAAGAGGCAGCAGAAAAGGAACUUGGUGUUCAGGAGAUUUUAGAAGUGCUCUCUUGUUUCAUCUUUGAUUCCUCUUUGGAAGUGAAAGAUUUACUUUGAACUGUCUGCUAAUGGCUCUUGAAUGAAACCAAUUGGUUAGGAUCUGAUUUCUUUUGCGUCGGACUUCAUUUACUUUAGAUCCAUUUAACAAAUGAAAGCAUGGACAGGGUCUAAGUGGUUGGACGGACAGACGCUGCUUGACUUGCUUGUCUUCAUGGCAGAAUAUUAAGUAACAGGCGAAGCAGGGGAGACUUUUUUAACUGUCAAGCUCAACUCGAUUUCACCGUUGCAUCGUAUGAUUCUACACAUCGAGAGAAAUUAAUGAGCAACAUGACAUCAUUGGACACGGGAGUCCAUGUUUCCUGUUUUCUUGAUGGACAAUAUUAGAAGACCGGUCUCACGGGAAAGACAGUACUGUCUGUUGCCUUCACAAAGACACUGUUUGUCUGAAACCUUUCUAUCUCGAUGUGCGCCUCUUUCUUUCUCUCAUUCUUUGAAUCCACUUCAACCAGUUGUGUUCACAGAAGAUGUUAUUUAAGACACUGUGUGAUACCCAUCAGCACUCAAAGACAAGGAGCACUUCUGUGGCGUGUCCAUGAUCACGACUUCUUCUCUGAACAUAAUGGACUAGAUCAAGGCAUGGGAGCGAUAUUAAAGCUCGUAGUGUAUGAAUGGACCAACUUGUGUCGAACCAGAGCACAGCAGUCACCAGUUGUCAGUUUUGUUCUGUGAUUCCCCGAUUCACUUUCUCAACAAUCUUCUUUACCUACACAUUUUUGGACAAACUGAAAACAGGAAAAUGCUGAUAAUCUUUGAAGUUUGGAUCCAGGCACUGUUUGCUCAGCCGCCUCAGAGGUUAUUGCCACCACUCGUCCAUAAGAUAAGAAAGCUUUGUUAGUUUUAUCUUGAGCCUGUUUGCUGGACUUCACUCUGCUCACACACAUCAGGGUACGCAGAUGUUUCCGAAAAUACUUUCUGAAAUGGCUUAUCUGAGGUUAUCUAAGAUUAGCUAGUCUUCACCAAUAGCAUUAUGCUGGCGAGAAAGCGGGGCUGUUGGAUUUUAUUGAAAGUCAAAACAGGCAUAUCAUUACAAUCUUGUCGUUGUUUGACUGAUAUAAUCUGUGCAAGGUGUCUGUUGUACGUCCAACACUCAACUGAGGCCUUACACGAUGCAUUGUUUAUGUCCCACUUUUCAACCCAGAUUUAAUUCAAAACCCAUGAAAAAGACAGGUGUGGCUUCUUUAUCCUCCAAACAUGAGUUGUUUGGGGCUCGCUUGAAAACAAACCGCAGCCAUCGCCUAUAGGCUCUUUAGGUUGUCAGGCUGCCGAUGGAGGCGGUGUGGAUGGCGGUUUGACCUAUAUGCGCUGCCGUAACAGGAGACGAAGGUUGAAAUCUGCCACGACAACAAAGGCCUUUCACCCGGCGUUAUCUGUCAUCUGGACAUUGUGGGUUCACCCGACCACAUGCAAAACCACACACAUACACACCUGUAGGGGUAUAUGGUUCUCCACACAACACACCUGUAUCCACUAAUUUCAUGACAUGGUUAAAGACAAACUCUAUUCAAUAGCAGGGAUGGAAACUCCAGCACAGACAGCAGCCUGAGGAUGAGGUUACAGGAGUGAAACAAGAGCCCUGAAACAGGCGUUUGUUGAGUUCUGGGCCUUAAAUGCUGUACUUAGCAAGACAUCAGGUGGUGUAAAAGUGAAAGGGAUCAAGCAGACAAAUUCAUUAUGGUUCUCACAUGAUAGAAUAGCCCACCACUGCAGAUCAACAUAAAUGUGUCGGUCAUUGACAGCUGAAGAAGAAGGCAGAAGGCCAUCAGUGUAUCAGACUCCAUAAUCUACGACUGUCUAAAUCUGACACAUUCUAUACUUUAAGUAAAACACAUGACAACCACUUCAUGUUCUUUUUAAGGAUGAUGGAUGGAUUACUCGUGUGGUCAAACCUUCCAGAUCAUCUUUCCUCCUUCUUGUAAGCAUCCAAUGUUUUGAGCUCCAGCCUUCAUCGCAGCAGGGUGAAUGUUAUUUUUCGGGAUGAACCCCUGAGAAGCCCCCCUCUUCUCCUUCCUCUGCACCCUGAGAAGAUGUCUGAAGACAUUCAUUUCCUUUUUUUAUUGUUUUUGAAGAUUAACCCUGUGAACCACGGUGAAUUUGACCUGUUUUGACCAAACAUUUACUCGAGCUGAAACACUAUUCCUUCUGAGGACCAAAUACUUUAGAGCAACAAGAGGAACCAGAUCAAACUGCAAUCUAAAUGUCUUGAUUCUACACAAAAAUAUAUUUGUUUGUUUUAUAGAUAUUUCAUUUUUAACACAGUGUUCACGGGGCUUCAUUUUUUUUUGUUUCUGUUUGACUUGAGACUAGAUUUGGAUGUUCCAUGUCAGGACUCUCCUGCAGCCGCACUGUCAUAAAAAAAAACAAAAAAAAACCACACACAUCACAAGUCAUAAUUUGUCUAAAGGCAGCAGUUGACACUUGUUCCCAAAACAGUUGUAAAAAUAAUUUCUCGAUGAAUCGCAUGCUUUACUGAACCAGACUUACACCCCAUAAUUCAUGCCUGUAUGUCUUUCAUUUUUGGCUCUGUUCAUGGUUUAUGUCCUUGUGUCUUGUCUAAAGAUGAAUGAAUAUUAAUCCGAGAUGAUUCUUAAGCACUUUUCCUUCACCGGCUCUCACUUGUACAUCUAUAUGAAUAUGUAAAUGAUUGAGAUCAUAUUGUGAGAUACUUGUAUUUUUGUUACGGCUCUAUGUUUGGAGUAAA